UAGAUAUACUCUACCAACCAUAUUAAGACGUCUUGUUGUUAUUUAGAAUAUUUAAUAAAAAUUUUUAAAAUGAAAAUCCUCUUAAAUUUAAUAAUUUUUCUUGCAUGUAUAAUAUUCGUCCACGGAGUUGGUACCGACGGAGCUGGUCCAAGUAAAGUUAAAAGUGGCCAUGGUCAUCCUAAAGGUCAUCCCAAAGGUCCAGGACAUGCUGGCAAAGGCGGCGGCAAAGGUAGUGGCCACGCUGGUAAAGUAUGCUGAGUGAUAUCGAAUAUGAUGAGCCCGGAUGAAUAAUGUAACCUUGAAUUUAACAGCUAUGAGUAAAAGUUU